CUCGAGACUAAGUCCACACCCACAACUCAUUAUAAGAAUGAUGGGAGGAGAAUAGUCAAGACGAAAACUUGAUAUCGAUGCACCAUCGACAUCAACUCAUUUUGUUUUCCUUCGAAAGAAAUCAGUCGAGCCUCCACAGCAAACAAUGCCUUCCGCAACCUCAACCGGCCCCUCAGCAACAUCUGAGGCCCUAGACCUUAAUCCCCACGCCAUUCUUGCCUUUUUUGCCCGACUAAAGGAUCUCACUCCGUCAGAUGGAUUCAACAUGGUUCAGGCGGUGGCUAUUGAUAGCAGUCAGCUACUGAAUAAACUGACCUAUUAUGAAAAGCACGUUGUAGAUCUUGAGAAAGUUGUUAACGACAAGGAGAGAGUCAUCCUUGGCAUGUUCGAGACGUUUUCGAAAGAGAAACAGUCCCACGAUAACACACAGAGACGGGUGAACGAGCUUGAAACGACGAUUGAACAGCUCAAGGCGGAGGCGUCAAGACUGAAAGAUAGUCUGUCCACCGCUAAGGCGCAGGCUAGAUCCCUCGAGGAGGAGAAUUCGAAGCUUCAGCGAUCGUUGAACGACACUCGCACAAGGUUGAGCACAAUCGAAAGCUUUUCUGCAGGACAUAUUGAAGGCGAUGAAAGUUCUUUGAUCGAUGGAUUCACUGCUCUCUGGGAAUUCGCCAAGACAGAGCUGCACCCGCUGCUCAGUGUUGAUCUCUCCACAGAAGCUAUCUCGAAUGAUUCACUGUGGGAUAAUCUGAGACGCUGCGACCUGGUUCAGCAUCAUCAGAUCCCCAUCCCGUGUUCCAAUACCCAGCCAGCUAAACACAUCCGUUUGGUAACUAUUCUCGCUCUUCUCGCGCGAGAGAUUGACAAAUAUAUAUUUCAGCCAUGCUAUGUCAUCCCGGAGGAGACGCACAUUCGAGAGGUUCUCUUGGACCUUGCCGUGACAGACAGCGCGAAAGAAUCUUUUUGCCGGUCUGUGCUGCAGUCCAUCAACAUACCAGACCAGGAAAAGAAUCUCUCGAAGAUGAUUCAGACCGUUGUCAAAAGCGUACUCUCAUACCUGGAGGGGUCAGUUCCAGAAUCUCAUCUUGCAUCCGUGCGUGCGGCCUUGGAGAGGAUUGUGAGCAGGGCAGCUGCCGUUUGGGACCCGAUACGUCGCGCGAAGCGCAGAUACGAGCUGGACUUCGACCAACCGGGACCUGAGGAUUGGUGGCUUCCAUUCACUGUAAACGAGGCCAAGCAGGCCAAGCAGGCCAAGCAGGCCAAGCCAGAAAGUGGACGGCCGCCCCAGGAGGAACCUGCUCUCACCAUCUUUCCGCGCCUUUCAGUCAUCGAAAAGGGGACCAUCACGACACAUACGGUUGUCAUCCAGCUGAGCAAAUCAUCGUCCAUCUUGCGCGAGGCUUUGGGUGAAAUAUCAAAGACACGAACGUCUGGCUUGAUUCGACUCAAGGGCAAAAGCUUACUGAGCAGAUCCUCCAGCUCCAGUGGUUCAUCCCAGCCAAAUGGGAGGCAUUAGGUGCCAAAAAGGCAGGCGGACAAUCAUCACCCUGCAAUCUAAGAAACGGCCGCUGUUCUGCGCGAAUUAUGAGAUCAGAGGUUAAGAAGGAAUGUUAUGUUGAGGUCUCUCCUGUCUUGUAGAAACAGGCACAUCACCUUCCUUCUAGAGUAGGAGCAGUGGACAUCCAAAGUGAUCCCCUAAUAC